AUGAACACCAUCGUGUUCAACAAGCUGAGCGGACAAGUUCUGUUCGAGGAGAAGGCCAACGAGGUGGAGAUGAGCAGCAGAAACUACCUCGAAGUCAUGGACGGACAACACCCGGACCUCCUGCCGGGCAACCAGACCAUCAGGGACAACCAGGCCAUCAGACACCGGAGGAACGGGGGUCGUCCGGGCGGCAGCAAAGUCCGACACAAGCGUCAGGCCCUGCAGGACAUGGCGCGGCCCCUCAAGCAGUGGCUGUACAAGCACCGAGACAACCCUUACCCCACCAAGACGGAGAAGAUUCUGCUGGCUCUGGGCUCACAGAUGACCCUGGUCCAGGUUUCCAAUUGGUUCGCCAACGCCAGGAGACGUCUGAAGAACACGGUGAGGCAGCCCGACCUGAGCUGGGCGCUCAGGAUCAAGCUGUACAACAAGUACGUGCAAGGCAACGCUGAGAGACUGAGCGUCAGCAGCGACGACAGCUGCUCAGACGACGGGGACAACCCUCAGAGGAGCCAGAGCGUCCCCGGGGAGCUGACCAAGCCCAUGUACCAGAGUGUCAUCAAGAAGGAGGGCUCGGCCAUGAUGGGCAUGGCGAUGGGCAUGACCAUGGGAGCCGGCCUGCGCUCGGCCACCGACGCCGCCUCGCUGGCCGACGACUACGUGUCCCCGCCCAAGUACAAGAGCAGCCUGUUGCACCGCUAUCUCAACGACUCGCUGCGCCACGUCAUGGUGGCCAACGCCGUCAUGGACGCUCGCAAGCGGAACCACUCGGGCUCCUUCAGCUCCAACGAGUACGACGACGAGCUGCUCUCGCCGACCUCCUCCGAGGCCGAGGCCAACUUUGUUUAUCGCGCUGAAACCACCGAGCAUGGAUCAAGUAAAUGUGACAACGUGGGCGCGGCGCACAAAGAGAAGGGCAAAGACGAGACGUACUGGAAAGAGAUCAACGCCGCCAUGGCCCUCACCAACCUGGCGCAGGGCAAGGACGGCGGCACCACCAGCUGCAUCAUCCAGAAGUCCUCCCACAUAGCGGAGGUCAAGACUGUCAAAGUGCACAAGUAUUAGCUCAGAUGCAAACUAAAGUACAAACUCUCCAUAGGACUUUGUUUUGUGUUGAAGAGACCCCCCGCCACCCCAAAAGGGACAAGCGGUAGAAAAUGGAUGGAGUUUUACUGCGGUAUUUCCGAAAACAAGACACUUUUUUUUUUUGUUGGUAAUAUUAACUUAUUUGUAUUUUUUUUUUUUUUUACGCUGAAUGUGCAUUUUGCCAAAGUGCCUUUGCUCUCAGUCGCCAUUCAGGAAGUGGAAUCCUUAAGUAAUUCUCUGAGGGCAUAUUUCAACUGGAAGUAUAACUGUUGCUCGUCACGACAACACCACUCGCAAACGUUGGAUGGAGCAACUUCACCCUUCAGCUAGAAAGGAUGUUUCUUCUCGGCGUUAUCUCCUGUUUGGACUCCUUCAAGAUAGAGCGAGGUCAACUCAAAUAAAAGCUUCAUCCUUUCACAUUUCUGUUUACAAGAAGCCAGCUGAAGCGUUUGACCCUUGACCCCGUCAUACGUGUAAGCGUCCAGGAGAUGUUCUUCAUCAGGCUUUAAAAGAGCG